AAAGAUAACGUUGUCAUCGCCGCUGUGCGGAAUCGUGCAGCCAGGAGUUGGAGAAUUUCAUUCGAAGCAUCCCAAUAGCCCUCUAGAGACCAUUCAUCUGGACCUCGCGGACCCCACCAGUAUUCGUCGCGCCGCAGCCGACGCCUCGGACAUUCUCCAGGGUAGCUUGGACUAUCUGAUUCAUUGCGCUGGCGUCAGCGUUCAAGAUCUCACGCCUUUCGAAGAGUGGACCUGAAACUUCAUGAAGAGCAACUUCGCCUCAAUGCCGUUGCACCCCUCGAGGUGAUGCGCUCGUUCCUUCCUUUGAUAAGGGAAGGGACGGCCAAGAAGAUCAUGCUCCUCUCAUCGGGACUCGGAUCUUUGCAGAAUGCCCCUUACCUGCCGGGAUACUGUGAGAGCUACUCGGUGUCGAAGGCUGCUUUGAAUAUGCUCGCUCGCAAAUGGGGUGCGUCGCUGAGCAAGGAGCGUAUCACGACCAUCCUGGUUCAUCCGGGUUGGGUCGACACGGAUAUGGGCAACUCGACCAAAGAAUGGAUGGCAGAACGUUUCCCACAAAUCAAGCAGAUCUCGCGGUCGGCAUCCGCGACUGGAUGCCUCCAGGUCCUGACUCAUGCGAAGCCGAGGACGCAGUGGGCUACUACGCUUGGGAUGGCUCGCGAUUGCCUUGGUGACGUCAUCGUCGAGCUGUUGAUGUUCACGGUAGCACGGUCGAACUCGAAGAGAUACUCGAAAACGUGUCAGCUGUGGCUUUUGAAUAUGAAUACCGGUACUCCCGGAGCUGAGUGCUACAGUAUCUCAUCAUCUAAGCUCGACUACCAGGUGAGUGAUCACGGAAAGCAAGGCACCUUGUUCACACCGACCGUAUGUCGUGGUUGAUGGUACUUAUACCUCAGCAGCACGAUACCACUUCAACUACUAAUGCAAGGGGAAUCCGUUUGCUGAAAGUCUGCAGCUCGCCGUUACGUGUCCCCUCCACCCUAUGUCACGAAGCGGGUAAAUUCCACCUGCUCCACGUCGCAUGCACACAGGAUCUGUCAGUGCGAAGCUCCUAUCCGAUCAUCCGACUCAUCGGAC